AUGGAUGAACUUUCUGCUGGUGCUGCCCAUAUCGGCGGUGGUGAUGGUACCCGAGAAUCAGUUGAGAACUGUAACAGUCACUCCGAUCGAUCACCCUCCGAAGUAAUACAGACAGCCAGUCUGUCAUCGGCCAGCUCAAUCCGCCUCGAAGCCGAUGAAAACCGAGACGAAAACACUGAUGAUGGUGAUAGUCAGCCUAGCGAUUACUCGGAUGCGGCUGAUCACAUCGAAUGUUCUGAGUUACUCAACCCAUCACCCAACCUGACUAGUAAUAAUAAUAAUAAUAAUAAUGAUGACGAUAAUAAUACAAGCAACAAUAACAAUACUCAUUCGGAGAAGAAGAACGAACUAGAGACGACUACGAUCAGCACGACGAGCACGCUCGCCCGAGAGGGUGCGCCACCGACCAACUCUCAGCAUGAUAUACUCACCUGCCAAUUCAAUCAGCUCGACAAGGGUCUGGACGAGGGUGUUAGACAGAAGAGCAUUGAUGGUGAUAGUAGAGCUACCAGAGCCACCCCUUCUGAUGAUGCAGUACUCAAUAAUUCUGCUACCCAGACUCAGGGUCAGGAAUCUUGUAGCUCAGCCUCGAUGUUGCAGUCCAGACCAUCACCCCUCGGGGCGAAGUAUCUUCCUCCCUCCCAGUCCGAAGGUCAACAGCAGCUUUCUCAUCAGUCCAUGGAUUCCUCUUCGGCUGUUCCUGCUGACCAUACGAUGGGCGGACAUGUCCCCGAUCGAGUUCGGUCAUCCACCGAUGCUGGGUGCCCUCUCCCCGGUCGCCCCGCCCAGUCCAGUUUCAGUCCCCGUAGUUCGAGUCUGAUAGUCUCUACCCGACUGCUAAAGCUGCCCAGCCGCAACUCGACCGAGAACAACAACAACAACAACACCACAGCAGCACCCCAGCAGGCAGGCGAGACUACUACUACUAAUAGCAACAACUGCACCAGCACCAGCCCAGAAAUACCAGCCCAAACCAAACAACAACAACAACAACCAAGAAACACUCUGGAAGAACAAACUCAACAAGACAUCCUCAGUGCUUCCCCAAAAUCAUUCACUCACCAUUCUGUCAAUCAACAGCAUCAACAUCAACCUCAACAUCAUCAUCAGACACCCCAACAUCAGAUUCAACCGACUCGCUCGUUCAACCUACCCUCUCAACAGCAGCAACUGCAACCUGAUCGUCAGCCUCUAUUCAAGUCUCGCUCUGAUCCCACCUCAUGCUUGGAUGACACUCACCCCUUCCGGAUCCCUCAACCGAACCAUCUCCACCACCACCAUCAUCAUCAUCACCAAAUUCAAACUAGACCAUCACCAAACAAGAAUCAACCCAGAACCCAAUCAUCCAUGGAAUCCUCUCAAUCAACCCACUCAUCCCAUCAAACAUCCACACACAACCUUAUCGACUCCUCCUCCUCCUCCUCAGCUCAUCAUCAAUCCUCACUCCAAACUCCCUCACCCAGUCUGCCACCCAACACGCCCCCUACACCUUCAACCGGCUCUAGCCCACGUCAACCUUGUGCAAAAUGUCGACAAUCAAUGACCGGCCAGUUCGUCCGAGCUCUUGGCACCGUCUACCAUCUCAACUGCUUCAGAUGUCAGGACUGUGGCAAGGUGGUUGCCAGUAAAUUCUUCCCAGUCGACAGUGGCUCACCCGAUGGAAGAACUCAGUAUCCACUCUGUGAGACAGAUUACUUCAGGCGCUUGGGGCUUAUCUGUGCCAAAUGUGGUGGGGCCCUCAGAGGUAGUUAUAUCACAGCACUGGACAUGAAGUUUCACGUCGAACAUUUCACUUGUUCAGUUUGUCCCACCGUCUUUGGACCUCAGGAUAGUUAUUACGAGCACUCCGGUCAGCUCGCCGUCUCUUCCUCGAAUCCACAAAGCCUCCAACCCUCCGAAAACAAUCCUUCACAUAUUCAUGAUACCCAUUCUGAUUCAAACUCAAUCGACCCAUCCUCAUCUACCGCCGUCUCAACCCAAACCGUCAAAAGCUCACAAGCCUCCGUUCAACAUCCCCCUGAAUCUCCUGAAAACUGGCGAAAACAAGAAACUUAUGAAACCGCCCAAACUCUCAAAGAGAAACAGAAACAGAUGGAAGAGCAAGUCUACAGAAUCUGGACCGUCCUAUCCACCUUCGAAGAGAGCAGUGCGGCUUGUAUCAGUGAGAUGCUCCGUCAUGUCAGCAGUGGUCUCUAUCUCGAGGGCGUCCGAAUGGCUGGCAAGUUCGUCCUCCAUGUCGAAACACUCUUUGCAGCUAUCGACGACCUGGACGUCAUCUUCCGAAGUAAAAAUGCACAGGAGAUCUCUCAUGUACGAGAAGCCAGGAUGCUUUGUAAAAAAAUCGUCAAUUUCUUCUCUCUCCUAUCACACACUCACGAGACCGGUGCUCGCAAGAUGAGCAUCACCAAAGAGCUACUUUCUCUUGUCACCGGACUGGCACAUUAUCUCAAGAUUCUGAUUCGGAUCGCCUUGACCAGUGCACUGAAACUAGAACGAGAAUACUCUGACCGGAACGGGAUACUACAAUUCUUGAGUCGGCUCGACCGUCUAGCAAGAGAUCCCGAUGCUUCGAAGGCCACGACUGGUCAACCAUCUGCUCCACCCGAUCGCACUGGACCUUCGUCAAGCCAAAAUGCCAACACAGCCUCAGCAAAUGGCAAACUGCGCCCGUAUGGGUAUAAAAGCUUGACCAGGGCCGUUGGGACACUGGUAGGAAAGGGUGAAGCAACGACAGACUUGUGUGAGGGGUGUAAGCAAACAGUUGAAGAGGAAUGUGUUCGAUUCGGGACGAGUGCACGAUGGCAUACGGCAUGUUUGAAAUGCUCGACCUGUCAACGACCUGCGAUUAAACCUGAAAAACCUGCCAACCAGCUCACCCCGACCGACAAUCCACCCUCGUGCCAACUACCCCCAAUUCCUGUGAAACGCUUCAAGGCCGACGUCCAAGCACCUCGUGAAGGUACUCGGCUGAAAUUUGUACAUAUUUACUGCGACGAAUGCGCUGCGAUCGCUACUCAUAACCAGAAUCUCCCUCCUGUCACCUUGAAAGAUGGCUUUGAAUCAGUCACCCGUCUCGAACAAUAUGCUUUCUUACUCUGUGUUGCUCUCAAUAAACUCUAUGGCUUGCUCAAACAGCGGGGCAUUUUACCAGCUUCAGCAGAUGAUCCUCGCUUCACCCAGAUGAAUGGGGACGAGAGGUCGUUAUAUGAUGCUUAUCGGAACUCGACUGAUAUCAAGCGGAUGAAGUCUGUAGAUUUAGAUCGGAAGCUGUCCACUACAGCACGCAUACCCCAGCGGUCGACUGUUGUAGAGAGUCCGUCAGGGCGAGUAGCCCAAUCAACAAACGAAUCCCAGCAGCAGCAGCAGCAGCAGCAGAACGGUGGUGGACAUGGAUCGUCAUCGCUACGGCCGAACGAUCCGGCCAUUCGACAGUCAAGUAGUCGGUCACCCGUCGGUCCAAUUCGUCAGACUCAGGAUCGCCAGCGUCCUAGUAUCACACAUCCCACCAGGGAGCGCGAUUUUACUAAUCUGCCGCGAACCGAACCGCCUCCUAGGCCACCGCCGACUCAUCUCAACCUGAUACCUCAAGGCAAUGGAGCCCAUCUGAAUUACCCCACCUCAUCGAUGCUGGUGGCCUCACCACCAGUUUAUGGGGAUCUGAGCAAGCAGCAGUACACCACUGAUGUCCGCCCAGCCCUUGCUCGGAACCUGACCGCAGUCAGGAUCGUGAACGACCAUCCGGGGCCGAAUGAGUUGAUGGGACGAGACGAGCCCCGACUGGGCAGUUCGACCAGCCCGGUCGGCCGAGAUACCGAGGGGAUCACCCUCGCCGACCUACCUCGGGCUAUGGAAGCCGAGCAGUUCAGGGAGCAGCAGAAACCUCUCCCCACUCAAGUCGCCACCCUCUCGGAGCUCUCCGCACUUGAGUCGGUUAUCGUCAAGCACGUCGCCGCUCUGACUCUUGCUAGUGAGAGCUCAGCCAUCAAGGACGAUACCUCACUGGACGAACUGCUGGAAAUUAUCGAGGCUCGGAAGGGUAACUUCUGGGGCAAACUGUUCAAGGGUGGUAACGAUAAGGCUAAGAUUAAGAAAAAGGGUGUUUUCGGGGUACCAUUGGACGUAUUGAUCGAGAGACAUGGAGUUGAUUCUCUACUAGGGGCAGGAGCAGGCCAGUUACGUGUACCAAGUUUUGUCGACGACUGUAUUUCGGCGAUGAAGCAGAUGGACAUGUCGGUUGAAGGCGUGUUCAGGAAGAAUGGGAACAUCCGUCGACUCAAGGAGCUUACCGACGCUAUCGAUCGCGACGACUCUAAUGUGAACUUCAGCGACGAUAAUGCCGUCCAACUUGCCGCCCUCUUGAAAAAGUUUUUGAGAGAUCUCCCUGAUCCUCUCUUGACUUUCAAGUUGUAUCACUUGUUCAUUGCUUCUCAACGGGUCGAAAAUGAUGCCGCACGACGGAAAACACUGCAUCUGAUAUGUUGCUUGCUACCAAAGGCGCACCGAGACACGAUGGAGGUGCUGUUUGUCUUUAUGAAAUGGGUGGCCUCAUUCUCACAUGUGGAUGAGGAGACGGGCUCGAAGAUGGACCUGCAGAACCUGGCGACGGUCAUCACACCAAAUAUCCUCUACGCCCGCUCGAAGGAUCCGACAAGAGAUGAAUCCUUCCUAGCCAUUCGAGCCGUUAACGAGCUGCUCGAAUAUCAGGACGAGCUCUUCCAGAUGCCUCCAGAGGUCCAGCUGAUCAUGCAAGAUCAAGAACUGCUGAGCUCAAACAUGAAUGAGAUCACCUCCAAAGAUAUAUUGAAGCGAGUCGAAGCUCUGUUGAAAGCCAACCAUGGCAAACUGCGUGCACCAGGAAAAGUGGGCACAGAGCACUACCGGGGAAAGGGAGAAGUCCAGCCGCACCGGCCGGACCUCCACGCCUCGUCGGUACACCAGAGCGACGGCGCGCGGGCCGAGCAGCAGCAGGGCCGGACGGCCCAGUAUGCCAAUGGGCAUCCCGCCGAACCCAAUGGCUACCCCGGCUCCCCUGCCCUCGGUCCUCCCACUCCCAAUCGGCCCCUCGACCCCGCCGCUCAUCUCCACCACCAGCUCAGAGAAUCUUCCCUACAUUCCCCCUCUCAGCAACGACACAGCUUCCAUCGCGACCAAACUGCUCUGCCUUCCUCCUCCUCAUCCGGUCCUUCUCUCCCCCAUCCAUCCUCAAACUCUUCUUCGAAGCUUCCCUCACCCUCCUCUAUCACUCAUCUCCCUGCUUCUUAUCCCCCUCAUCCUCCCCCUCAUCCUUCUAACCUAAAUUCAAAUUCGAAUACGAAUCCAUCUUUCUUUCCUAACGAUAACUCUUCUCUUAAUCCUUCGUCUACUUCUUCCUCCACUGCUCCUGUCAAUCAACAGAAUACCAUCCCUCUCGAUCAACGCUCCGUAGGUUAAUCUUUAUUUUUUUUAUUUUUUCUUUUAUAUCAUUUCCUGUCUUUCCUUUUCUUUUUUUAUAUCAUCUCUUUUUUGAUUAUCAUUGGCUACUCUUACAUAUAUGUUUAUGUAUUUGAGUUCACACACAUAUAUAUAUAUACUAUCAACAUCUUUACAUUUUUUUCAACUGCUACUGUUUUGUAUGUCGUCUUUUUUUAUCCAUCUCCUUCUUUCAUAUCUCCUUUGAUCAUCAUCUCCUCAUAUACUUUUUUUUGAAUACAAUACAAUACAAUACACCAUUCCAUUCCAAUCCAAGCCAAAGAAAGCUCUAUACAUCUAUAUUUAUAUACAAUCAUCAUUACUACAAACAUACAAAACAACCAAAAAUACACACACACACAACAUAUGUACACAUAUACUUGAAACAUCCACUUACCUUUUUUGUUUUGAAGGGGUUUUCAUAUGUUUUAAUUGGUGGAAAGUAUAAGGUAUAAUGAUAGAG